AGAAGUGCUAUAUAUAGAGUUUCUUCCCUUCUUCUUUUCCCUCACUUCACUACUAUCCAAACAGAGCUUAAGUUCAAUAGAUUUAAUUCAUAAACUCUACUAUCCUAAGAUUUAAAAAAAAAAAAAAAAGGAAAAUGAAGAAAUUUUCAGUUACAACUCUGCUUCUCAUAUCUUUAGUAUUAAGUUUAGUUGUAUUUGAGAUUGCUGAUGCAACUGCACCAGUAUCUGCUCCUGCUAAAGCUCCUCUUCAAGCACCUCCUGGAGUACCAGCAGUAUGUGUAACGAAAUGUGCAAAAAGAUGCUCAAGGAAUCCAAGGGAUUUAUGUAAGAAAUUAUGUUGGGGAUGCUGUCAAAAAUGCAAUUACUGUGUACCAUCAGGCCCUUUUGCCGACAAAAGCGAAUGCCCUUGCUACAGAGACAUGAAGAACAAAAAGAAACAAUCCAAGUGCCCUUAAAUUAUUGGAAUUUGGAUCUACCCCUCUUAUAUAUGCUUUAAUUUCUUCUUUGCUCAUUAUAAAUUUAUAAUGUCCUACUACUAGCUAUUUCAUUAUCUGUAAUAACAAUUAUUAUUGAAUUAAAUCAAAUAAAUUUAGUAGUAAAA